AUGGACUUGUCAUGGAGGACCAGCAAUGAGACGCCUCCGCCAUGCCUUAUCCACAGACUGGACCACAUUGUGAUGACAGUAAGGAACAUCGAGGACACUGCCAUGUUCUACUCCAAGACCCUGGGCAUGGGGGUCACUACCUUCAAGUCAUGGAGGACCAGCAAUGAGACGCCUCCGCCAUGCCUUAUCCACAGACUGGACCACAUUGUGAUGACAGUAAGGAACAUUGAGGACACUGCCAUGUUCUACUCCAAGACCCUGGGCAUGGGGGUCACUACCUUCAAGGGAGACCGGAAAGCAUUGUGCUUGGACCAAAAGAUUAACCUACACGAGGCAGGGAAGGAGUUUGAACCCAAGGCAGCUCACCCUGCUCUGAGCUCCCUGGACAUCUGUCUAAUCACAGAAACACCUUUGCAGGAGGUGGUCCAGCAUCUCAAGGCGUGUGACGUACCCAUUGAGGAGGGUCAAGUCCCCAGACCUGGAGCAAAAGGAUCUAUCAUGUCCAUCUACUUCCAGGAUCCUAACAGAAAUCUGAUUGAAGUAUCCAACUACAUUGCCUCCUGA